AAGAAAUCAGUCUCCAUUUUAUACCUCCCUUAUUUCCCAUUCUCUCUCUAUCUGCGUCUUUCUCUCUCCAUCAAAGCCCUAUAUUCUCUCCAUUUUCUCUCUCUCCUACUCUCACAGGUGCUGCUACCACUUCACUCAGAACAAGAACAAAAACAAAAAUGGCCAACGCUGCAUCAGGAAUGGCUGUUGAUGAUCAGUGCAAGCUCAAAUUUUUAGAGCUGAAGGCGAAAAGGACUUACCGCUUCAUUGUAUUUAAGAUUGAAGAAAAGCAAAAGCAGGUGGUUGUGGAAAAGGUUGGUGAGCCUAACGAAAGCUACGAGGACUUCACUAAGAACAUUCCUGCUGAUGAAUGCAGAUAUGCUGUGUAUGAUUUUGAUUAUGUGACUGCUGAGAAUUGCCAAAAGAGCAGGAUCUUUUUCAUUGCAUGGUCCCCCGACAAUGCAAAGGUGAGAAGCAAGAUGAUAUACGCAAGCUCAAAGGACAGGUUCAAGAGAGAGCUGGAUGGUAUUCAAGUUGAAUUGCAAGCAACCGAUCCAUCUGAGAUGGAUUUGGAUGUUAUUAAAAGCCGUGUCGUGUAAUGCUUCACACGAUGCUUCACUGCCUUGAUUGUGCGUUAUCUAUACGGUCCACUUUACCUAUGUUCAAAUGUUAAUACCUUCCUAAGGGGCAGUAGAAUUUGCUUACAUAUAAUAUUUGAUGGUUGUUGCAGUGUUAUACUGAUGUCUUUUUUCUUCUGGUUCGGUAAAUUCGGAGAAUUACAUUAAAGAUGUGUUAUUUGUGGGAUUUCACUGGUGAGCCUAGCUUCAAUGUGUAUGCUUGGCUAUCUGUUUUGUGUAUUCAUUUUCUGGGGUGAGAAUAUCCUCUGAUAUGAGAUAAGAGGACCUCUUUUCUGUAUCACUAAUCCAUGAAACUUUUUGGCUGUUGCUGACAUAUGGAGUCCUUGAUCCUUCUAAUCCAUGAAACCUUUUGGCUAUUGCUGAUA